GAACGCCUUAGUCUCCGCCUUUUCACCCUCCACGAUGCUUCGUCUCUCGCGUAUGAGCAUGCACUUGGCCCGCCCAACCAGCGCUGUAGUGCGUGCUAUGAGCACAUCCAAGCUGAGCUUGGAGCAGCUCGCACAGCGCCAGAGCCUCAAAGGCGCGCGUGUACUGGUUCGCGCCGACCUGAACGUGCCGUUUAAGAAGAAUGUCACGCCCGCCACUAUCACGGAUGACACGCGUAUUCGCGCCGUGUUACCCACGCUGAAGCUGCUGCAGGGUGCAGGCGCGCGUACCGUCCUGUGCUCGCAUCUGGGCCGUCCCGGCGGUGAGGCCAAGGACGAGCUGCGUCUCACGCCCGUGGCCGCACGUUUGGGCGAACUUCUCAGCAGCCCUGUCAAGAAGCUGGACGACUGCAUUGGCCCCCAGGUAGACGCCAGUAUCGACCAGCUACAGGACGGCGAGAUCGUAUUGCUCGAGAACGUGCGCUUCUACAAGCAGGAGACCAAGAACGACCCCGAGUUUGCUAAACAGCUGGCCCAUGAUGCCGACAUCUACGUCAAUGACGCCUUCGGUACGGCACACCGCGCCCAUGCCUCGACAGAGGGCGUGACUAACUUCAUCAAAACCAACGUGGCCGGUUUUCUCGUUGAGAAGGAGCUUAAGUAUCUGUCCGGCGCGGUGGACGCCCCCGUGCGUCCACUCGGUGCUAUCAUUGGAGGUGCCAAGGUAUCUACUAAGAUCCCCGUACUUAAAUCGCUACUACAAAAGUGCGACAAGAUCAUGAUUGGCGGUGGCAUGAUCUUCACCUUCUACAAGGCGCAGGGUCUAGACGUCGGCAAGUCCAUCAUCGAGGAGGACAAGGUUGCACUCGCUAAGGAGAUCCUGGAGGAGGCCAAGCAGCGUGACGUACAGAUUGUGCUCCCUACGGACGUUGUGGUUGCGGAUAAAUUUGAAGCCGACGCCCAGUCGAAGGUCGUGCCCGCUAACGCCAUCCCCGCUGACUGGCUCGGCUUGGACAUUGGUCCGAACUCAAUGGCUACGUUCGCCAAGGAGCUCAAGGAGUGCAAAACGGUUGUGUGGAACGGACCCAUGGGCGUGUUUGAGUUCCCUGAGUUCGCCAAGGGCACGUUCGGCGUGGCCAAGGCUCUCGCCGAGAGCACGGAGAGUGGCGUCACCACCAUCGUGGGUGGCGGCGACUCUGUGGCUGCGGUGGAGCAGGCCGGUCUAGGCGCGAAGAUGAGCCACAUCUCCACUGGUGGCGGUGCCAGUCUGGAGCUGCUCGAGGGCAAGGUGCUCCCGGGUGUCGCUGCGCUGAACGACGCUUAA